ACCUGUUUUCGUGUUUGAUAGUACAAGUCAUUUUAGCAAAGACAAUUUUCAGGUGCCUUUCGCUUUUCGCGUUCUUUGAAAAUGAAGCUAUUUUAGUUAUGGCUUACCAUUCAUGAAGCAUUCGAAAACGUCAAAACUUCAAUUGGCCUUGAACAACUGAUGAGGGUGCAUUAACUUACGCCAUUGCACAAAGAUAAAGUUUGUUCACCUUUAUCUCAAGGCUAAUUGUUUGGCUGCUUGGAGAGAACCUUCCUAGAAUGAUCCACAUUAAUGGUCAAUUUAAGCCUGGAUCGGAGAGGCUACGUGGUUCGGUUUAAAAAUGCGCUAUAAAAGAUAGACAGGACUGUACAGGAGGUCAACUUCACUAGAACAUCACGAUUACACACUAAAGAGUUAAACAUACAAAAAGGCCUCAUACUCGAGUUUGUUUAAUGUUCUCUGGAGUACUGAAUACUCGGAGGUUCUUGUUGUAGGCCUUUCCCUCUUGUUGUAGUUCAACCCGAGAAAGAAACGAACCACUCUAUAAUUCUGCUUCCUGCAGGAAUCAUUGUGUCAUUCUGUGCCUAGCUUAAACAGACUUGUGCUUCAGUGAAGCCAAAACUCUUUAUUCGCUGGACAUGAAAAUAAAAGAAAAGUAUAUUUAUCUUAUGACCAAAUUGAAUUGGAAUUUGUGGGUUUAUGGGUGGUGUAUAUCGGAGUUUAAAGACUCGUGGCAUCAGUCGUGUUAUUUGGAGAAUUUAGGAUUCAAACUUUGUAUCGAUCACGAACUUCCUGUGUUAUCACUCUGUUUAUACAGUCAUAAGAAAGUGUUUAAUCAAAGUAAUCUAGCUCAGUAGAGAAAUCCUAUUAACAGAAUUAUUCCUUGAAGACUGACAAGAGCAUCUGUAUAAUGUAGCAGAGAUGACUGCAGUGUUACGGUUAUUACACAGCAGCGAGGUCAGAUCUUACUUGGGUUAAGACUGUCUUAUCAUUCCUGGCGGGAUUAGCAACACUUUUAUUUUUAGAUAAUUAAGGCAGUUAUCACGGCAACAGCUUCACCCUGUUACAACGACAGCAUAAUGUAACAAUCAUGCAACAUGUACCGUGUUUAAAACCAUGUCCCAUGUUGAAACCAACCCAGCAUUUCCUCUGAUGUCAGAAAGUCAGGUCGAGAAAAGGUUUCUUGUUCUGUAAAAGCUUCAUUGAUAUAGUCUAGUGAAGUGUAGUCAUUUUUCUAAUGGAGAAUGUGGCCUCCCAAAGAUAUGAUCUGUAUUGUCGCCUUUCCGUCUUGCUCAGCGCAUGUGUGACGUUCUUGGGCAGAUCGUCAAGUGUUUUGACUCCAAAUACAUGUACUAUAUCUUAGCUUGUCCUCGUAACACUGUAUCAGAACAGUAAGGUUCCAUCUACAACUUUGCAACCUGAAGGAUCCAGAAGAGCUGACCUAAGAAACAGUUUUACAGGCUUAGAAACUGCAUUUUAACAGAGGUGCAAUAGUCGAUAAUAGUGGAGCAAUAUAACAUAACAUUUUCCUUCUUCUGUUAUAGCCCGGAUUUUUAUAGUUAACGCAGCGGGGAAAUCGAAAGGUCCAGAGAAAUUCGAACUAGCCUGUGAAACCUAUGAAAACAAGGAGGCUUUUUUUAUGCAAGGUAUCAUUUCUUUGCAGAGUGGCCGGAAAAAUAAGGGAGACUUGCUUGCAUCAUAAUCGACUCAGGAUUAGAUGAACGUUUUUGGUUGCGCUCAAUCUGAAGGUUAAAGAUAUCCUAUCCAAAAAAAAGUUCAAUUCCCUUGGAGGCUCUGUACCAAAACUGAGAACUUAGCGCUUGAGAAGUAAAAUGUGUUCUAAUUCUCUCUAGGUUUCUAAUUCUGUCCAGAAAUCGUGGAAUUAUCGACCGAACUCGUAGGGAAGCGCUGGUCUGAGUUUGCGUGGUUGGCCUGAUGUUUGAGAUGCGACCCUUCUGUCUUGUGUUGGUUGUGUGUUGCUGGGUGAUGCCACACGUCGAUGGUACCAUUCAAGAUGGCGAUUACGACGAGAAAUUGACCGAGCACUUGUUUAGGCACAGCAAGUCCCGCCGACCAGUCCUUUCUAUUAAAGACAACGUGACUGUAGUGUUUGGUGUCACGUUGAACCAGAUCAUAGAUGUGGUUGAGAGAAACCAAAUUCUAAAAUUAAGUCUUUUCAUCAGACAGGUUUGGGUGAAUCCAUUACUACGCUGGAACGUGAGUGAUUAUGGUGGCAUCACAGAAAUAAACAUCGAUGCAGACAAGUUAUGGAAACCUGAUAUAUACCUAUACAACAACGCCGAUGAAGACAAAGAUGGCGCCCAGGACAGAAUGAAAACCAAGAUCAAAGUGAAUCACAAUGGGACUAACACGUGGUUGGCACCAACAAUACUUCAGAGCUCCUGUAAGAUUAACGUGCGGUACUUCCCCUUUGAUGAGCAGGCUUGCUCCCUUAAGUUUGGUUCGUGGACGUAUGACGCGUGGCGUGUUGAUAUCGUUGCUGAAAGUCCAACUGCAGACACCAAAACGACACAAGUGAACGGCGAAUGGGAUCUACUGUCCUUCCCAUGCAAAAGAAAUGUAGACAAGUAUGAAUGUUGUCCUGAGCCAUACUCCGACGUCACGUGUACAUUAAAGAUACGACGAAGGACAACGUACUUCUUUGUCAAUUUGAUUGUACCUUGCUUUCUUAUCACACUUUUGUCCCUGCUCUCGUUCUUCCUACCGUCAGAGGCUGGGGAGAGAAUAACUCUUGUAAUAACUAAUAUGCUAGCCCUGACAGUGUUCAUGCUGAUUGUGGCAGACAUCUUGCCGCAAACAUCUGAAGUAGUACCGCUGAUUAGUGUUUACUUUACCAGUAUUUUGAUAGAGGUCGGCUUGUCAUUAAUUGCCACUGUUGUAGUCUUAAAGUGCUACUUCACUAACCCGGCUUUCUCAGAAGUUCCUUUCUGGAUCCGUUGCGUGGUUAUUCAAGGAUUAGGCAAGCUGUUGAAGAUUGAGGUGAAAAGAAAACAGCACCAAACUCGGAAAAAAGAAAAUUCAGCAGAUGAACAGAAGAAAAAAGCUCGUCCUCGUUCCAUGACGGAUUCACUGGACCCAAAAUUCAACUUUUAUCAUGAAAACUUCUCAAGCCGGAGAAACACAGAAGCAAACAUUAAUUUAGCUGAAAGUAGUAAUAUACCAAAAUGCGGUGCUUGUCAUGACCUGACCGUGGAUAUGCUUCACUUAGGGCAUGGACUCAACUCCAGGAAUCUCAGUAGAGUUCCUUCCCGGACGUCGCUGAGGAGAGAGUCCUGGUGCGAGAAUCCCAUUUACGAAAAAGACCUAAACGUCAACGCGCAGUCUCAGAACUCGCUCAUCAGUGCACUGCUACACCAACAGGAACAUUUAGUGAGCUAUGUGAGGAAACUGGUGAGAGCUGUGGAAGAACAGGACGAGCAUGACGCUAAAAGGGAGGAGUGGGUGCUAGUUGCGGAGAUUCUGGACAAUUUCUUCCUGUAUUUAUUCGUGAUUGUGAUGAUUGGUUCCACAGUUAUGAUAUUUAGCGCUGGAACAUCAUGGUAAACAUAACAAACGAUGGACUAUGACGAGACUCAGAGGAGAGACGGUUCAGUAUCGCAAAUUAAGACUCCCAACCAUAACGACGACACGCGCAAGACUACAAGGGAGAUGACAGUUAUUGAAUUCUCUAAUACAUAUUCGUAGUAAAACGCUUAAUUGGAUGCCUCCGUCUUAACGUCUGGGUUGAAAGUGGAGGCUUUCGAAACUUUGAGACGUUCACAGCUGUCUUGAUUGGAAUGGGCCAUUCCUCCCAUGAGACGUACGCGCAGGGAAUCAUGGUAGUUCAGUGUAUGCAUCAUGCCCACGACAUCUUCGGGACUUGGCACGCGACAUAGCAUACAACUACCACGAUUCCCUAAGCGCUUGUCUCAUAAAGGGAAUGGGGUAUUCAGGCUUGCGUUUUUCAUGCAAGUGUUUCUCUUUUUCGCUUCUCUUUUUUCGCUUUUGUACCAGUUAGUUUCGAGUGAAAUACUUGUCGGUUUGUGGUUUUUGGACAUAACAAGUUCGGAGUAUGUGAGAUGAAUAGGUGACUUUAGCAUCCGUCGAUCGACGUUUUUAAAGCGAGUGAUCGAGAGAAGAUAAAGACGUGUGAACAUUGAUAACCAUAUGAAUACGAGCCAGUUAAAUUAAAAAUCCACACUAGGAGAAACAAUUGACAAUUCUUCCUCAAACUCAUUAAUAAUUCAUCAAGUUUAAAGGAAGGAAAUCCUGACCGUAACGGUGUUUGAAUAACUGAUCUUAAUCACCAUAUAUAUUUACGAUUUUAUUGCUCCGUUUUCUCCUCAGUGUUAAUUUCGAUUGGGAAGAUAUAUCAAACACUCGAGACAGUGUUUGACCACAUUUCCACACACUUUGAAGUUCGUCAAAAUACUUAGCUAUCGCGUCUUCUCGGUGUUUCGUGGUUGAUAUUGUAUGCAUGUUACCUGAAAACUGGACAAGUCUUAAGCCGAGUGUUUCAACUAGUACAAGUAGAGUCAAUCUUUAAUUGCUUGAGAUUUCAUUCAACUUUGAUCUGUAGUACAUAUGCCUGCCUGCCCUCAGCAAACCCA